AUGGGUGGCAUGGUGGGCUUUGUGGCCAUGCUCAUGCUGCUUUCGAGGUCAGUUACCAUGAGCGCACCAUCGUGCUCGAGUGUGGUCGUGGAGCUGACCCCGUGCCUGGCAUUCCUGAAAGGCAGCAUGCUAGGGGGUGGCCAGCCAUCGGGGUCCUGUUGCUCGGGUGUGAAGGAGAUAAGCGGCAAGACAAAAAGCAAACAAGACACUGAAGCCGUUUGCCAGUGCAUAAAGCAGGCAUUGUCUCAUGCUGGAUCUUACAGUCCCUCACGCAUCCCGCUUCUUUCUAAAAAAUGUGGGGUGGAGAUUACUCUACCUCCUAUUAACAAGAACACAGACUGUUCUAAGUAA